GCAUAGUAUCAGUUCGGGUACUGAGUUCGAACAAAAAAAAAAAAAAAUAAAAAAAUUUAUUAUUAGAAAAUUAAUAAAAAUGAAAUUUUAGGAGUGAUCGUUAAACCCCUCCGCUUCUCGCGAAAGGGAGUUUAAAAAAAAUGGUUUGGAAAUGUCUCCGAAAGCGGGAGAGUAUCAUCAGAUAACUGAUUUAUAUUUUUUUUAUUAUUAUUAUAAUCAAUCAUCACUUCAUCGCUCAAUCUCAACCCUUCCUCACUCUCCUCCUUCAAUCUCCGCCGUCCAUCCUCGAUUCCAUCCCAACUCAUCGGCGGUGGCUCCCCGGAAGGCUCCGCCGUCCGAUUUCUGAUCUCUUUCUCUUUCUAUAUGCAUCUCUCUCUCCGUUUCUGGCAUGGUUACAUGAUGUUAGCUUAUUGCAAAUUGUUGGACUGUACCGAUCAGAUUGGUUACCCGAAUGAUAAAGCCAGCAUUAUCAGGUGGCCUAUCAGAUGUAGCAAUUUUACCAAGUGUUCUGCUCUGUUUACCAUCAAGGCUGUUUCAAUGUGAGAAUCAGGGACGCACGUUGUCUUCUUGGUUGAUUAUGAUCUUUUACGUUAAAAGUAAUUAUCUCCUACAGUUAGUGCCAGCUUUUGGGUUUGGCGUCUGCUUGAGAGAGAAGCUCUCUGCUGCUGGCGCCUUUAUUGCUGGCCUUGGAGUUUGCCACUUCUCCUCUUGUUUACAUGUCUCCUGAGGUAGACAACCUUGUACAUAAUCAAAUGGCGCUUGCAACCUUGAAAGGACCUCUUAGUGGUGAGUGUUGUGGGAAUAAGAGAAUGGAAAGAAAACCUUCUGGAAGAAGGCGUGUGUUUGUGCAGACUGAAACUGGCUGUGUUUUGGGUAUAGAGCUAGAGAGGAGUGACAAUGUGCACACAGUGAAGAGGAAAUUACAGAUUGCCCUUAAUGUCCCAACUGAGGAGAGCUCAUUAAUAUGUGGUGACAUGGUGUUGAGGAAUGAUCUUAGCAUUGUUAGGAAUGAUUCUCCACUUCUUCUCACUAGGAAUUUCUUGCACAGAAGCUCUUCUACCCCAUGUCUCUCACCUACUGGGAAGGAUCUUCAACAGAGGGAUCAGAGCUGUCCAAUUGAAAUAUUAGGAUACUCAAAUCAAUAUGCUAGAAUAAAAAAACUGGUUAUGGAUAUUGUAACAGCAAUAAAGAAUGGUAUUGAUCCAGUUCCUGUUUGUAGUGGUCUUGGAGGUGCAUAUUAUUUUAAAAAUUGUGAUGGUGACAACAUUGCAAUUGUGAAACCAACAGAUGAGGAGCCUUAUGCCCCAAAUAACCCAAAAGGUUUUGUAGGCAAAGCAAUUGGACAACCGGGUCUGAAGCGCACGGUGCGAGUUGGGGAAACAGGUUUCCGAGAAGUUGCAGCUUACCUGCUUGACUAUGACCAUUUUGCUAAUGUUCCCUCUACAGCCCUUGUCAAGGUCACACACCCAGUAUUUAAUGUUAAUGAUGGGGUAAAGGGUAACAUGAAAAGAAACUGGAAGCAGGUUUGCAAGAUUGCAUCAUUGCAGCAGUACAUUUCUCAUGAUUUUGAUGCCAGUGAUCAUGGGACUUCUAGCUUCCCUGUUUCUGCUGUGCAUAGAAUAGGGAUACUAGAUAUCCGGAUUUUAAAUACAGACAGGCAUGCAGGAAACCUUUUGGUGAAGAAGCUUGAUGGGGUUGAGAAUUUUGGUCAGGUGGAGCUUGUUCCCAUUGAUCAUGGUUUUUGUCUCCCAGAAAGCUUGGAGGAUCCAUACUUUGAGUGGAUCCAUUGGCCACAGGCUUCAAUUCCAUUCUCUGAGGAUGAGCUUGAGUAUAUAAACAAUCUUGACCCUUUUCGAGACUCCGAAAUGCUUAGAAUGGAGCUGCCUGUGAUUAGAGAUGCAUGCCUGCGGGUCUUGGUUCUUUGCACUAUUUUCCUCAAGGAAGCAGCAGCUUUUGGUCUCUGUCUUGCUGAGAUUGGUGAGAUGAUGAGUAGAGAGCUUCGGGGCCAUGAAGAGGAGCCAAGUGAACUUGAGCUGUUAUGCAUGGAGGCAAGGAAAAUUAUAGAGGAUAGGGAAAAAUACAAUUUCGAGGUGAAUGCAGUAGACAAGGAGGAGUUUCAAUUUGACAUAGAUGAUGAGGUAGAGGAUUUGGAUAGAGCUUCGUACCUGGAAGAGGACUUAGCAAUUGAAAAAACUCUCCAUUUUAGAUCGAGAGUUGAAAAUGGAAGAAAUUUACUUGCUAAGCUAGAGGAGAAUGAGGAGGAGGCUGAAGGGAGUGAAGGGGAUAAUGUGCCAGCAAGUUUAGAUGAGCAUGUUGGUCUUGUGCGGAGUCGUACCUCAUAUAUGUCAAAACUCUCCAAGUCUCUGAAGAACACCAAUAUUGGAGAGAAGAGCUGGCGGCAUGCUGGUGCAAUGCAGAAGAGUGGGUAUGUGGGUGGCAUAUCAUCUGGAAACAGAAGUGUAAAUGAGCAGCUUCCUGCAAGCAGUAGUUUUGUGAAGCUGGCAGAUAUGAAUGAAGAGGAAUGGGUGCAAUUUCUUGACAACUUCCAGAGAUUACUGUACCCUGCCUUUUCCAAUCGCAAAGCAGGGAAUGUCUAUCAGAAGCAGAGGCAGAGACUUGGUACUUCAUGCCAGUUUUGAGUUGAUAUUAACAGAUAUCAAAAUUAUAAGAGUAUUUGUAGCCUGUAGGAAAAUUGGUCCCAUGAAGAGAGGAUGAUCUUUGCAGGAGAAUGGACCGUAUUAGGAGGAGUUGGGAGUGACUUGGGAAUAAUACUAUCCCCAGAUAAAACAAGGUUGAGAUGCUCUUGCCAUUGUUGGCCGGUUAGGGAUGAGAGCCUUCUUUCCAUUUGUUUAUAGUAUUACUUUCUAUUCUACUCUUCUGCUUUUAUGUAUUAGGGGAUGUUAAAUAAAGCCGAAAAAGGGAAUGUAAGGAGAGAACUACAGAAUCUAUGUAUAUAAACUCUUAAAAUGUUGGAUAAACUAUCUACAAGCUUGCUUGUGUUUUUGCA